AUGGUGGUGAUGAUGAUGGUGUUGAUGGAGCUGAUGAAAGUGAUCGACUGGAAUAUCACAUGGUACACCAGCAAUCCCGACUUCACCAAGUGCUUUCAGAACACUGUCCUUGUGUGGGUGCCUUGUUUUUACCUCUGGGUCAGCUUCCCCUUCUACUUCCUCUAUCUUUCCCACCAUGACCGGGGCUACAUUCAGAUGACACAUCUCAACAAAGCCAAAACUGCCUUGGGGUUUUUGCUGUGGAUUGUCUGCUGGGCAGACCUCUUCUACUCUUUCUGGGAAAGAAAUUGGGGCAACUUCCCAGCCCCAGUGUUUCUGGUCAGCCCAACCCUCUUGGGCAUCACCAUGCUGCUUGCUACCUUUUUAAUUCAGCUCGAGAGAAGGAAGGGAAUCCAGUCCUCAGGGAUCAUGCUCACAUUCUGGCUUAUAGCCCUACUAUGUGCCCUUGUCAUCUUGAGAUCCAAAAUCAUGACCGCCUUAAAAGAGGAUGCCAACGUCGAUGUGUUUCGUGAUGUCACUUUCUACAUUUACUUCUCCCUCGUGCUGGUUCAGCUCGUGCUGUCCUGUUUCUCAGACCGCUCGCCCCUGUUCUCAGAAACCAUCAACGACCCUAAUCCUUGCCCGGAAUCUGGCGCAUCCUUCCUUUCCAGGAUCACCUUCUGGUGGAUCACGGGGUUGAUAGUCCGGGGCUACCGACAGCCCCUGGAGAGCGCUGACCUCUGGUCCCUGAAUAAGGAGGACACGUCGGAACAAGUUGUGCCCGUUUUGGUCAAGAACUGGAAGAAGGAAUGUGCCAAAUCCAGAAAGCAGCCGGUGAAGAUCGUGUACUCCUCCAAGGAUCCCGCCAAGCCCAAAGGGGGCUCCAAGGUGGAUGUGAACGAGGAGGCCGAGGCUCUGCUUGUCAGGGGCCCCCAGAAGGUGCGGGAGCCGUCCCUGUUCAAGGUGCUGUACAAGACCUUCGGGCCCUACUUCCUCAUGAGCUUCGUCUACAAGCUCCUGCACGACCUUAUGAUGUUUACCGGCCCGGAGAUCUUGAAGUUGCUCAUCAACUUUGUGAACGACAAGAAGGCCCCGGACUGGCAGGGCUACUCCUCCUUCUUUCACCAGGGCCUGGAGGCAGUGUACAGGCUCCUCCUCAUCUGCCACACUCACCCUUCCCUCUCCUUUGUCCCGCAGGCCCUGGUGAUCACCAAUUCUGCCAGAAAGUCCUCCACGGUCGGGGAGAUCGUCAACCUCAUGUCUGUGGACGCCCAGAGGUUCAUGGACCUGACCACAUACAUUAACAUGGUCUGGUCGGCCCCUCUGCAAGUCUUCCUUGCGCUCUACCUCCUGUGGCUGAACCUGGGCCCCUCCGUCCUGGCCGGGGUGGCUGUGAUGAUCCUCAUGGUCCCCCUGAACGCUGUGAUGGCCAUGAAGACCAAGACCUACCAGGUGGCCCACAUGAAGAGCAAAGACAGUCGGAUUAAGCUGAUGAAUGAAAUUCUCAACGGGAUCAAAGUGCUAAAGCUUUACGCCUGGGAGCUGGCAUUCAAAGACAAGGUGCUGGCCAUCCGGCAGGAGGAGCUGAAGGUGCUGAAAAAGUCUGCCUACCUGGCUGCCAUGGGGACCUUCACCUGGGUCUGCACACCUUUCCUGGUGGCCCUGUGUACUUUUGCCGUCUACGUGACCGUCGACGAGACCAAUAUCCUGAAUGCCCAGAAAGCCUUUGUGUCCUUGGCCUUGUUCAACAUCCUUCGUUUUCCCCUGAAUAUUCUCCCCAUGGUGAUCAGCAGCAUCGUGCAGGCAAGUGUCUCCCUCAAACGCCUCAGGAUCUUUCUGUCCCACGAGGAGCUGGAUCCCGACAGCAUCGAGCGACUGCCCAUCAAAGACGGUGGGGGCUCACACAGCAUCACCGUGAGGAACGCCACCUUCACGUGGGCCAGGAGCGACCCUCCCACCCUGAAUGGCAUCACCUUCUCCGUUCCAGAAGGUUCCUUGGUGGCCGUGGUGGGCCAGGUGGGCUGUGGCAAGUCAUCUCUACUCUCAGCGCUCUUGGCCGAGAUGGACAAGGUGGAGGGGCACGUGGCUAUCAAGGGCUCAGUGGCCUACGUCCCGCAGCAGGCCUGGAUUCAGAAUGAUUCUCUCCGAGAAAACAUCCUUUUUGGACGCCAGCUACAGGAAAGGUACUAUAAGUCUGUGAUAGAAGCCUGUGCCCUCCUCCCAGAUCUGGAAAUCCUGCCCAGCGGGGACCGGACGGAGAUUGGUGAGAAGGGCGUGAACCUGUCCGGGGGCCAGAAGCAGCGCGUGAGCCUGGCCCGGGCCGUGUACUGUGACUCCGACGUCUACCUCUUCGAUGACCCGCUGUCAGCGGUGGAUGCCCACGUGGGCAAACACAUAUUUGAACAUGUGAUCGGUCCCAAGGGGAUGCUGAAGAACAAGACUCGGCUCCUGGUCACGCAUGGGAUCAGCUACCUGCCACAGGUGGAUGUCAUCAUCGUCAUGAGUGGUGGCAAGAUCUCCGAGAUGGGCUCCUACCAGGAGCUGCUGGCCCGGGACGGGGCCUUCGCCGAGUUCCUGCGCACCUACUCCAGCGCCGAACAGGAGCAGACGGAGCAGGACGAAGGCAGCAAAGUGGUGGACGAGGAGGAGGAAGGAUUAGCAGGCAUGAGCGGUCCAGGGAAAGAAACAAAGCAGAUGGAGAAUGGCAUGGUGGUGAUGGAUGCUGCAAGGAAGCAACCGCAGAGACAGCUCAGCAACUCCUCCUCCUACAGCGGGGACGCCAGCCGGCACCACGGCAGCACUGCCGAGCUGCAGAAGGCCGGGGCCAAGGAGGACACCUGGAAGAUGAUGGAGGCCGACAAGGCUCAGACAGGGCAGGUCAAGCUCUCCGUGUACUGGGACUACAUGAAGGCCAUCGGACUUUUCAUCUCCUUUCUGAGCAUCUUCCUUUUCUUGUGUAACCACGUUGCCGCCCUGUCCUCCAACUAUUGGCUCAGUCUCUGGACUGACGACCCCAUCGUCAACGGGACCCAGGAGCACACUAAAGUCCGGCUGAGCGUCUAUGGAGCCCUGGGCAUCUCUCAAGGGCUUGCAGUCUUUGGCUACUCCAUGGCGCUGUCCAUCGGGGGCAUCUUCGCCUCCCGCCGCCUGCACCUGGACCUGCUGCAUAAUGUCCUGUGGUCGCCCAUGAGCUUCUUCGAGCGGACGCCCAGUGGGAACCUGGUGAACCGCUUCUCCAAGGAGAUGGACACGGUGGACUCCAUGAUCCCGCAGGUCAUCAAGAUGUUCAUGGGCUCCCUGUUCAACGUCAUCGGUGCCUGCAUCAUCAUCCUGCUGGCCACUCCCAUCGCCGCUGUCAUCAUCCCGCCCCUGGGCCUCAUCUACUUCUUCGUCCAGAGGUUCUACGUGGCCUCCUCCCGGCAGCUGAAGCGCCUCGAAUCCGUCAGCCGCUCCCCGGUUUACUCCCACUUCAACGAGACCUUGCUGGGGGUCAGUGUCAUCCGGGCCUUUGCGGAACAGGAGCGCUUCAUCUCCCAGAGUGACCUGAAGGUGGACGAGAACCAGAAGGCCUAUUACCCCAGCAUCGUGGCCAACAGGUGGCUGGCUGUGCGGCUGGAGUGUGUGGGCAACUGCAUUGUCCUGUUUGCGACCCUGUUUGCAGUGAUCUCCCGGAACAGCCUCAGCGCCGGCUUGGUGGGCCUCUCAAUAUCUUACUCGUUACAGGUCACCACCUACCUGAACUGGCUUGUUCGGAUGUCGUCGGAGAUGGAGACCAACAUUGUGGCUGUGGAGAGACUCAAGGAGUAUUCAGAGACUGAGAAGGAGGCUCCCUGGCGGAUCCAGGAGAUGACUCCAGCCAGCACCUGGCCCCAGGUGGGCCGAGUGGAGUUCCGGGACUACAGCCUGCGUUACCGAGAGGACCUGGACUUGGUUCUCAAGCACAUCAACAUCACCAUCGAAGGAGGAGAAAAGGUUGGCAUCGUGGGGCGGACGGGAGCCGGGAAGUCAUCCCUGACCCUGGGCUUGUUUCGGAUCAAGGAGUCUUCAGAAGGAGAGAUCAUUAUUGACAACGUCAACAUCGCCAAAAUCGGCCUGCACGAUCUCCGCUUCAAGAUCACCAUCAUCCCCCAGGACCCCAUUUUGUUUUCGGGUUCUCUCCGCAUGAACCUGGACCCAUUCAGCCAGUACUCGGACGAAGAGGUCUGGACGUCGCUGGAGCUGGCUCACCUGAAGAACUUUGUGUCGGCCCUUCCUGACAAGCUGAACCACGAGUGCACGGAAGGCGGGGAGAACCUGAGUGUUGGGCAGCGCCAGCUCGUUUGCCUGGCCCGGGCCUUGCUGAGGAAGACGAAGAUCCUCGUGUUGGAUGAGGCCACGGCGGCCGUGGACCUGGAAACCGAUGACCUCAUUCAGUCCACCAUCCGGACACAGUUCGAAGAUUGUACUGUCCUCACCAUCGCUCACCGUCUCAACACCAUCAUGGACUACACCAGGGUGAUCGUCCUGGACAAAGGAGAGAUCCGGGAGUGCGGUGCCCCCUCUGACCUCCUGCAGCAGAGGGGCCUGUUCUACAGCAUGGCCAAAGAUGCCGGCCUGGUGUAAGCCCGGCGCUGGUGCGUCUGGUUUGACCUGCAAGGCCCACAUGCCUUGUCCCAGGAUGAGUCAGCAGCCUCUUUGGGAACCCAAGCUUCCCAUACACUGAAACCAAAAAAGGAAAUAAAACCAAACCCAAUAAAACAAAACCACAAAGCAGCCACCUUCUGGUCCGCUGCCUGGAAUUGGCUGUGAAGAAACAGGAGGGACACAGAGACGCGGCCCACCAAAGACACGCACAGCACCCCCUUGCCUGUUACCCCCGCAGGACGCACCGGCGUCGCACAGCCUGGGAGAGCCUGCCUGUGCUCUUGGUGCUCUGCAGGGAAGUUUGGCAGCCAGACUUCUCGAGAAAUUGGUUGCGUAAAACAUGCUAGUGACCAAAUCCAGCCAACUGCCUCAAAUCUCUUUAGCCAAAGUCUGAAAUUCCAAGUCUUCGGCCUCAGCUGCUGUCCUGGCACCUCUAACAUCUGGGCUCCACCCAGAAUGCUUCGUCUCCUUGGGGCUGCUAUUUGGAGGUGAGGGGCCUGGUGAAGAUCAUCCUCACCCUCAGGCGGUGUCCUGGGGGCCGUGGACACUCCUCUUACCAACCAUCCCGUCGUCUGGGCGCUCAGACACGGAGCCAGCGUCCCAGCACUGCCUGCACCGAGACUUGCUUCACAGGCCAGAGGCAGCCUCCUCACCCGCGGGCUUCUCGUUGGCAGGACGGGCUGGGCUUACGGGACCUGGACCUGGAACUCCAGGGCUGGGGGAUCCUCUCUCAGUACCAGUUUCCCACAUUGGCUGCUCACCUCCUCAGCCACACCUGUCUUUUCUCGGCCUUUCCUCCUGCCUCCUUUUGCCAGUUGCUAGAAUGGAUUACCUCGAGGCACCUGGAAGGGGUUUGCUCGUGGUUGUGAAGAGUUCAAAGCCAGGAGCACUGGGCACCGCCACCGAUGACCAGCGGGUACUGAAUCGAGCUCUGUUGAGACUUCUCCUCGUUUUUAGAUUUCAGUUCCUCACCCUUGGCCUCCGGGUAGCCGUCAGAGGCGGCAGUGUGGAGAACCAGACAUGUAGUUACUGAGUGUGUCCCAGGACAAGAAAAAAACCCCAUUCACGAAUAUCAGUGAUUGUUUUUCUUUUUUUUUUCUUUUUUUUUUCAAAGUACUGCUCCUGGGAGAAACACUGUCCCAACUUAAUUUCUUGGGCGGAAGUGUUGGGCUGGGAGCAGCUCGCCCAGGGAAAGCCAAGGUGGCCGGCAUCUGACAGCAGGUCUGCGGGCUCCUGAAGAAAAAGCGGAGUGGAGACCUCCAGGGCCCGUCCUUUAGGUCUCGCAACCAGAGACCCAGGGGAGACCCACAAAGCAGAGGGGCCACUGCUGCCCCGAGGUUCCCUUGCUGACUUCAAAUCCAGAAAAGCAUCUUCCUUUAGGUGGAAAUAUAUAUUUAUUUUUUGUAAGUUAUACCAUUCUUUCACAUUAGAUAAACCAAGUUUUUCUUGGGAAUCAUUUUGUAAUGACUUACACUGGAAACGAGAACAUUUACAAGCAAUUUUCAGUAAAAAAAAAAAAUUUUAUUUCU